AACCCUAUUAGUAUCCGUCGAACACUAUAUAUGCGACUCUACGACUUCGCCGAUCCGCUCCCCCGAUAUUCCCUGUGAACUAUUCUCAGCUUCCGGAAUCUUCGUAGAAGGGGUGGAUGGCCGCCGUCGCGGAGUACGCUCACGCAUCCCUCUUCCGCUUGCUCGUCCGGUGCUCGGAGCAGAAGAACCUCGCCUUUGGAAGCGCCCUCCACGGGAAGGCCUUCAAGUCAGGUGUCACGGCCGACGUAUUCUUCAGCAACAGCAUCGUGGUCAUGUACGCUAAGUGCUCCCAACUCCCUCGCGCCGCAGCGGCCUUCGAGGACAUCGGCGCCGGCAAGGACGUCGUCUCUUGGAACUCCCUCAUCAAUUCGUACUCUCAGAUCGGCCCCAAUGGUUCCCAAUCCGUAUUUCACCUUUUCCGGAGAAUGAGGGCCGAGUGCGGUCUCAGUGUCCUCCCCAAUUGCUUCACCUUCGCCGGCGUCUUCACCGCUGCCUCCCACUCGCCCGGUGAUAUUUGGUUCGGCCGAUGCGCUCACUGCGUCGCCAUCAAGGUGGGUAAUAAUGAUGACGUCUUCCUGGGAAGCUCUUUGCUCAACAUGUACUGCAAGCAGGGAUGCGUACUGGACGCCCGCAAGGUGUUCGAUAGAAUGCCUGUUCGAAAUUCAGUGUCUUGGUCGGCCAUGAUAUCCGGCUAUGCCGUCCUUAAGUCCGGUGAAGAAGCUUUCGGCCUGUUCAAAUUGAUGCUCGAGGAAGGUCAAUGCGCCGCCGCGAAUGAAUUUGUCUUAACGAGCGUUCUCAGUGCACUGAGUGCCCCUGGAUUUCUUGUCAUGGGCCAGCAGGUUCAUUCUUUUGCCAUCACAAACGGCUGGGUGUCUUCUGUAUCCGUCGAGAAUUCCCUCAUUACCCUCUAUGCGAAGUGUAAAACCAUGGAAGACGCUCUGCUCAUGUUCGAAUUGUCGGCGAACAAGAGCUCCAUCACAUGGUCUGCGAUGAUCACCGGGUAUGCACAGAAUGGUGACUCCCAAAAGGCACUGCACUUGUUCCCGCAUAUGCAGAUUGCAGGAUUCAUGCCGACUGAGUUCACAUUUGUAGGGCUCCUCAACGCAUGCAGCGACAUGGCAGCCCUUGUUGAAGGCAAACAAACUCAUACCUUCUUGAUCAAGGUGGGAUUCGAGCUCCAAUCCUAUGUCAAAAGUGCACUGGUCGAUAUGUAUGCUAAAUGUGGCUGCAUUGAUGAUGCAAGAAAGGGAUUCGAAGAGUUGAAGGAUGCCGAUAUCGUCCUGUGGACCUCGAUGAUCGGAGGUUAUGUGCAGAACGGAGAGCAUGAGGAGGCUUUAGCAUUAUAUGGAACGAUGAGAAGAGAGAACAUAUUGCCAACCAACCUCACCCUAACCACUGCUCUUCGAGCAUGUGCUAGUCUUGCUGCCGUAGAACAGGGCAAACAAAUUCAUGCCUGUUCUGUGAAGUUUGGAUUCGGUUUGGGGAUUCCAAUCGGUAGCUCCCUAUCGACCAUGUAUGCAAAGUGUGGCGAUUUAUCGAAUUGCAGUCUUGUGUUCGGAAGAAUGCCUCAGAGGGACGUCGUCGCAUGGAAUUCAGUUAUUUCAGGAUUUUCACAAAAUGGGCGAGGGAUUGAUGCCUUGAACCUCUUUGAGGAGAUGAAGAAAGAGGGUACAGAACCAGAUCAUGUCACAUUUGUCAACCUACUGUCUGCCUGUAGUCAUGUCGGUCUGGUUGAGAGCGGCUGGAGUUACUUGAGGUCGAUGCUCGACGAUUAUGGAUUAGUCCCGAAGAUAGAACACUACGCGUGCAUGGCUGAUAUUCUCAGUCGCGCCGGGCUGUUCAAGGAAGCCAAGAACUUCAUUGAAUCCGUGCCUAUCGAUCAUGGAACAUGCUUGUGGCGGAUUAUGUUAGGAGCAUGCCACAAAUUCAGGCACUUUGACAUCGGAGCUUUUGCCGGGGAGAAGCUCAUGGAGCUGGGCACACUGGACUCGUCGGCUUACAUUUGCUUGGCGAAUAUAUACGCUGCCUGGGGCAAGCGAGAUGAUGUCGAACGAGUGAGAAGAUUGAUGAGGAUACGAGGGGUGGACAAGGAUCCUGGAUGCAGCUGGGUUGAUAUCGAUAACACAGUCCAUGUUUUUGUUGCCAAGGAGAUGCAGCAUCCCGAUAUCGACAAAAUAUAUGCGGAGUUAAAAAGAUUAACCAAAAACAUGAAGGAUGAAGGCUACUGUCCUACUUUUGGAUUCACCUUCCGUGAUUCUCUUGAAUCUCCAGGAUCACGAGCGGAGGAAGAAGAAGGAGAGUUGAAUUUUGUAGCGUCUGCUGUUUCUUGACUAAUAACUAUUUAAUAUUCUAUAAAAUCUAAAAAAUUCUUAUAUAGCAGAAUGGGGUGCUAAUGAUGUUGUUAAGGUGUGCCUUUUAGGAUUGAGUAGAAGAGAUCAACAGCAGCAGCAGUAAUGGUGCAAAGAAGAGAGCUAAUUUUGGCGGAGCUGUUCCAGACCUUCAGAUUUCCUCUCUAAAAUUAGCCACUGCGAAUUAAUAGCCGCGGUAAAAUCGCUCGUCCGCCUCUAUCCAUUGAAGAAGAGUAGGCGCUAUCGAUGAAGGGGGAGUGGUCGCAGUUGCAAAAGCACCAAUUCCCCUCCUUUCCUCCUCCCGUUUCCACCGGCGGCCGUCACACACGGGCACGUCGCUUGUGUAGAUUUCCGGCGAUCUUGGAAGCGGGGCGAGAGGAUAUAUAUUUCCAUUGCCAAAAAAAAUUAAAAUAAAAAAAAAAACCAUCUUUUUAGUACUGAUGUUGAAGCAAUCAGAGGAAUUGGAGCCGAUUUUGAUGGAGAAAUGCAAGGUGAAGGCGUCGUCGUCUUCUUCGGAGGGAGAGAUGUCGGAGGAAGAAGAGGAGAUGGAGCAGAGGCCGCCAACGUGGAUGAAUUACGGCGUGGCCUCUGGCAAGGGAGUCAAUGCAGGCGGUAGGAGGAUGCUUUCGAAGCAACUUUCGCUAAGGGAGACGAGGAUGGAGGCCAAGUGGGAGCAGCGGCGGAUGCAGGUCCUGCAGAGGAGGAAAAGCUCGGCGGCGGAGGAGCUCGAAAAGGAGCGGCGGCUUGCGAGGAUUCUGACCGACGAGGACAUGGACGAGCUGCGAGGGUCGAUCGACCUCGGUUUCAGGUUCAGCGAGGAGGACGGCGGGCAGGACCUCUGCAUGACGCUGCCGGCGCUCAAUCUCUACUUCGCCGUGAACCGUCAGCUGCCAACCCCCGGGUCAUCGACGGCGACCUCCUCUUCGUCGACGCUGGCCGGCCUUCCGAGCCCCCGGAGCCCCGCCAACGAGCAGGGGAUGACCCACGCCCAGGCUUGGAAGAUUUGCAAUCCCGGCGACGAUCCAGAGCAUGUUAAAACAAGACUGAAGCAUUGGGCACAAGCAGUGGCGUUCUCUCUCAGACAGAGCUGUUGAAUUAUUAUGAACCAAUGCAAAUUGUUUGGAAGCCAUAAUUAGAUAUGAAGUUGAUGUAAUCAUGUUCUUAAUACACAGCAACAACUAGAAAUUGAAGAGAAUUGUAUUUAGAUUAUCGAUGAAGAGUGGUAGUUGUGCUUUGCCU